UAGAGAGAGAAAGCGUCUGACUUUAAGACAGAGAGAGAGUAAUGAAGAUGAUGAUGAAGAGCGCGGUUGCCAUCAUUCUGGUGAUCCUCUCAAUGGCUGCAGCAGGCGAAGCCAUUUGGCUAACCGUACCUCCUUCCGGUACCAAGUGCGUCUCCGAGGAAAUCCAGAACAACGUUGUCGUUUUGGGCGACUACGUUGUCGUUGCCGAUGAUCACUCUCUCAGCCCCACCAUCUCCGUUAAGGUUACAUCUCCAUAUGGGAACAAUCUUCACCAUGGGGAGAAUGCAACUCAUGGUCAGUUUGCAUUCACAACGCAUGAAGCUGGAAACUAUUUGGCAUGUUUUUGGGUAGAUGGUUCUAAUAGUGGAGGUGGAGAUGUAAGUGUUAACCUUGACUGGAAAACAGGAAUUGCAGCCAAGGAUUGGGAAUCAGUGGCGAGGAAAGAGAAGAUUGAGGGCAUUGAACUGGAGCUGAGGAAGCUUGAAGGAGCAGUUGAAGCCAUCCAUGAGAAUCUACUAUACCUCAAGAGCAGAGAAGCAGAGAUGAGGGAUGUGAGUGAAAAAACAAAUGCGAGGGUGGCGUGGUUUGGUAUGAUGUCUGUCGCUGUUUGCAUUGCGGUUUCGGCUCUGCAGUUAUGGCACUUGCAACGAUUUUUCCAAAAGAAGAAGCUCAUCUAGAAUACGCUACUGCAGUAAACUUUACUGAAGAAACAUGACAUCUUAUGACUUUGUUUUCCUUAAUUUAUUUCUUUGUAGGAAAUUUUGAUGUGUUUUAUACAGUUUUUACUUUAAUUGAGAGAAGAUUAAAUUCCUCGA